AUGGUGAAGUUCCGGGGCAUUGAGAUUGGCAUCAUAUCGCAGUUCGACAUUUGCAAGCUGCCAGAAUUUCAGUACCGCAAGCCCUCUCGAGUCCAGGAUCCUUUCCAAGUCAACUACCAGCAAGACGGCGGUCCAUCCUCCGUGCCAUAUCCGACUACAGCCUGUUUCGUCCCCAUCUAUCCCGGCAGCCAGAUUUGGUUUGAAUAUACCAUCGACGGUCCCCACCCUCCGGAAGCUGCCUGGUUCUUCAAGCUGUUCAUCAAUGGCAAGGUCGUCACGUCAUGGGAUUGCACAGCAAAACACGGCUUUCAUGGCAAAAUGAUGUAUAACCUGGUCAGAGAGGGCGUGGAUCCAGACACGGGUCACGCCGUGGUCAAAACACAGGCACUGAGGUUCGGGGAUGGGCUGGAAGACCGUGAAAGAGGUGGGCGAGACGAGGACAUGAUUCAGAUCAAUGUGCAUCGGGUCGAACAUAAGAGGCGGAUUCGAGACUUGGAAUCAGGCCUAGGGCAAGUGAGCAGUGUCAGUGAUAACGCUGAUGGGUUGCAGCUGACAAACAGUGGCUUCCUUGAGCCCUGCAUUCGUCCUCGCCGAUACAAGUAUCAGCUCCUUGACCCGGUGGAUAUGCCUUACGCAGCCUUCCAAUUUCACUGUCGUCCUUAUGAGUACCUCGAGGAGCAUGGCAUUGCCCACUUGCAGGUUUGCCCUUCUCUAUGCAGCACUAGGUCCUCAGUCAUAUCGCAGAGUUCAGGCAAUAUACAACUCUUCCAAGGUUCUGCACACGACGCUGCUCAGGAGCGCCCUGAUGAGACCUCAACGUUUGCAAACUCUCCUCGCCAAACUUCAAUAGUUAUAUCGCCCUGCAAAGUUGGAAAUCCGACCUCAUCAGCGGGGAGGCAGAUUCUGAAACACAUCAAAGCGUCCGCAAGCUCCUCCAAUGUCCAUCUGAGCGACUCCGAUGACUCGCUUAGUGUGAGGACUAAGGAUAGUAUCGAGGACUUAUCGUCAAGGGUUACGCGAUCUCCAAGGUCCCCAAGAUCACCUAGCCACCGCGAGAAAAGCACAGAUGACGAACGAACGAAGAGAAAUGCUGAAAUUCCACCAUCACCAACCCCGUCGACCAGAUCACCUCGUCAGCGCUUGAAAAAGAAGCUCACAGUCAAUAUCAAUGGGGCCAACUUUGACGUCGAUAGAAAACGACGACCGUUAAGUCCCUUCACUAGUGGCGGAAUGCUUAGGAAAGCGUCUGUGCCGCAGACAGCGCCGGCUUCGGUCACAGAGUUUGGGCCAACAGUCGAUGAAGAAGUGAGACCCAGGCUCCAGAAGACCAGGCCAGGAACGGAUGCAAAACCUGAGAGGUGCGGAUUCAGAACAACAUCGGAGGAGCGGGGAGGGAAGAGGCUGAUGGGAUUUCUGGGAAGGAGAAUUGCAAGUGAGAAGAAUGCUUAA